AUGAGAAGAGUAGUUGUAACAGGGCUGGGAUGUGUUACACCCUUGGGUAACACUGUAAGAGAGUCAUGGACCAAUUUGCUAAACUCGAAAUCAGGUAUAGUACCAAUCACUCAGCUGGACAACUACCAAAGUGACUAUAGGAUUCAUGCAAACAGCAUCCCCAACACUGUAACCGUUGGUAAAGUCCAAAAAUUUAACAAUAAUGAUUCUCAGAACGGUCAACUUUUCACUCCACAAGAUCAAAGAAGACUGUCAAGAUUUUCCCAAUUCGCAUUAAAGGCAUCUCAUGAAGCAUUGCAGAAUGCUGGCUUGAUUAAGAACGGUAUCGAAUUGGACACAGAUCAAAUGGAUCCUGAGAGGAUCGGUUGCGCAAUUGGAUCGGGAAUUGCGUCAAUUGAAGAUGUUUACGAUACGACCAUUCAGUUCAAUAAUCUUAAUAAAAGGGUAAGCCCAUUAUUCGUGCCCAAGAUACUUACCAACAUGGCUGCCGGUAACGUUUCCAUUAAAUUUCAAUUAAAGGGACCGUCUCAUAGUGUUUCCACUGCGUGUGCCACUGGUAACAAUGCAAUUGGCGAUGCUUAUAACCUGAUUAGACUCGGUAUGCAGGACGCAUGCCUAGCGGGUGCAAGUGAAGCCUGUGUUCAUCCAUUGAGUUUGGCAGGGUUCAUUCGUGCGAAAAGUAUUAACACUACCGAUGGUGUAUCUCGGCCAUUUGAUCGAAACAGAUCGGGAUUUGUGCUCGGGGAAGGUGCAGGUAUUGUAGUGUUAGAGUCGCUGGAUCAUGCCAGGAGAAGAGGUGCUAAGAUUCUGGGCGAGAUUUGUGGCUACGGGCUAAGUAGUGAUGCUUAUCAUAUUACUUCUCCGUCACCGGGUGGUCACGGUGCAAUGAGAUCUAUGAGAAUGGCAGUUGGCAAUACGCCGAUUGAUAAAAUUCAAUACGUCAAUGCACAUGCAACCUCUACGUUGUUAGGUGAUAGAGCUGAAUGUUCGGCGAUUUUGAACCUAUUAUCGCAAGCUGAAAAUCGGGCUUCUCCAGUCUACGUCUCAAGUAAUAAAGGUUCGAUGGGUCAUCUUUUGGGUGCCGCCGGUGCAGUUGAAUCGAUUUUCACAAUCUUAUCAAUCUAUGAACAAAAGAUUCCACACACACUUAACUUAAACGAAAUUGGCGGUGCCCAAGGUGAUCUGCAAGAAAAUUUCGAUGGGUUGGAAUUUGUUACAAACAGACCUAAACAUAAAGAAUUGCGGUACGCGCUUUGUAAUAGUUUUGGAUUUGGGGGUGUAAACACUUCGUUACUAUUCCAAAAAUUUAAUGAUUGA